CAUUCAUUUCAUUCAUCCAUUAAGAUCUCCAAAAAAUUCUUUCCAAAAGGUGCAGAUCAUAUAUCUAUGGCUUCCAUACAACCAGCUGAACCAUGGUUGCUUGAAAAUGGCACCGUCAAGAGGCUAACCAAGGAAACCAGACAUGGGCAUGGUCAUAGCCGAACAGCCCACAACAAGUCAUCCUCUUCCCUUCGUAGAAAGUCCAAUAUGACCCUUGUUUCCAAAGUCCCCUGUGCAACCAUUAGAAACUUUCUAGCCAAUCUCCAGGAGGUCAUUUUGGGUACUAAAUUAGCAAUCCUUUUUAUCGCCAUUCCUCUUGCCAUUGCUGCCAAAUACCUCGGUUUUGCAAGACCGUGGGUUUUUUCCUUAAGUUUACUUGGAUUGAUGCCGCUUGCCGAACGUGUUAGCUUUCUAACAGAACAACUUUCUUAUUACACUGGUGCAACAGUGGGAGGAUUGUUGAAUGCUACAUGCGGGAAUGCAACAGAGCUGAUCAUAGCAAUAUUUGCAUUAAUGGAAAACAAAGUGGAUGUGGUUAAAUACUCUCUCUUGGGUUCCAUUCUCUCCAAUCUUCUCUUGGUGCUUGGUACUUCUCUGCUUUGUGGUGGAAUAGCAAAUGUCUCUGUUGAACAAAAGUUUGAUAGGAAACAAGCAGAUGUAAACAUAGCACUGCUGCUGCUGGGAUUGCUUUGCCAUCUGUUACCAUUGAUGUACAGAUAUGCAAGUCUUGAGACUCCACUGGCUACUGCUGCUGCAACACUCAACUUGUCAAGAGCUAGCUGCAUCGUCAUGCUUGUUGCUUACUUGGCUUAUCUCGUUUUCCAACUCUUCACUCACCGCCACAUCUUUGAAUCCCAAGAGGAUGAGGAUGGCAUGGGUGCAAGUGAAGAAGAAACACCAGUCAUAGGGUUUUGGAGUGGCUUGAUUUGGCUUAUUGGAAUGACUGCAGUUAUCUCUUUGUUGUCUGAAUACUUGGUGGAUACAAUUGAGGAAGCCUCCACUUCAUGGGGGAUAUCAGUGAGCUUCAUUAGCAUCAUCUUGCUACCAAUUGUUGGAAAUGCAGCUGAGCAUGCUGGAGCUGUCAUCUUUGCUUUCAAGAACAAACUGGAUAUAACUUUGGGUGUCGCACUUGGUUCUGCAACUCAAAUUUCUGUCUUUGUGGUUCCAAUGAGUGUUAUCGUUGCAUGGAUCGUGGGGAUCAAAAUGGAUCUUGAUUUCAAUCUCCUUGAAACUGGUUCUCUUGCUCUCACAAUCAUAGCCACAGCCUUCACAUUACAGGAUGGAACUUCUCAUUACCUGAAGGGAGUUGUUCUUCUACUAUGCUACUUCAUCAUUGGGGCUAGUUUUUUUGUUUCCGUUUCUCCAAUAGCACCAGGCGACGAUGUCGUGACAAUGGGACUUGAAUCCUCGAAUCAGAAGAUCUUUAGAGUAUGAAAGGGUAUUUGAGUGUUGAGAAUUGAUCAAUAUGCAUUCAUACAUCAUGACUUUGUUCUUGAUUCUUUGGUUGAAGCUGGACAGAAAUAUUGCAUUGGCUUAUGCAGUCUUUGCUUGUACAGUACAAGUUCAAGCAGCCUGGAGGUCCUUGUAUUCUUAUUCAUCCCAUCAGUCUCUCUCUCUACAUAUAUAUUAUAUAUAUAUAUAUAUAUAUCAUUUCCUUUGUAAUAUGUUGUCUUAAAUAAGGUAAUCAUGUGAUCAUUAAUUAAUGUUUGAAAAAUAAAUAUAAUCCUUUAUUAAUAUUUCUUGUAUUGUAUUCCUCUU